UGCCACGUAGCUCAUCGCUCCUUUUACGCAGUCAUUUUCAUUCCCACAGACCGCCGUAACCUCUUGCCUCUCUGCAAAAGAAAAAGAACGAGAAGAAAAUCGAAAAUGAGAGGAUCACGGAAACCUUGCUGAAAAGUUAAAACCGUAAAAUUUUCACCUUUUUCCUUGCUUGAUUUCAACUCGAAACCCUAACGACCGCAACUCACAAACUGUACCGGUAGUUAUGGAGGGAUUGGAAAAUGACGGAGGUGCCGCUCCGAUUGUGCAAUGGAAGAGCGAAUUCUCGAGGAGAUUUCAGUAUUUUCUCGAUAGGUCAACGCCGCAUACAAUGCGAAGGUGGUUAGGGACGUUGUCGGUGGCGAUGAUCUAUGUUUUGCGGGUUUAUUACGUUCAAGGGUUUUAUGUAAUUUCGUAUGGUUUGGGAAUUUAUAUUUUGAAUCUCUUGAUUGGGUUUUUGUCUCCCCAAGUUGACCCUGAGCUUGAAGCUUUGGAUGGGGCUUCUUUGCCAACUAAAGGUUCUGAUGAAUUCAAGCCUUUCAUUCGUCGAUUGCCCGAAUUCAAGUUCUGGUAUGCGAUCACAAAGGCUUUUGUGGUUGCUUUUGUAUUGACUUUCUUCUCUGUGUUGGAUGUACCUGUUUUCUGGCCAAUAUUGUUAUGCUACUGGAUUUUUCUAUUUUUCCUCACAAUGAAACGCCAAAUUCUUCACAUGAUCAAAUACAAAUAUAUCCCCUUCGAUAUUGGAAAACAGAGAUAUACUAAGAAGUCUGCGAGUAGUAGUGGUACACGAAGAGACUGAAAGGUGAUUGCGAACACGAAGGUGAAAUUUGGAUGACAAACUUGUUUUAGCUUUUCGUUAUUCCGCAUGAAAAUAGAACAUGCAGGUAUUAAAGUUUGGAAACCUUUUGGGUAGGAUUUAUAGGUUUUAAUUUUGGGUUCUCAUAUAUGUAGUUAACCAGUGUUACCUAUCCUCUCAGAUGUUUUUUUCUUUUAUGUGCUUGUACUAUCCAACACAUAUAUAGCCAACAUGAAGGUUGUUACUUUGGGUUCUCAUCUAUUUAGUUAACCAUUUGUACUGAAGAUGCUAUUUUCUCAUUGUGUGGUCAUCCUAAGUGGAAAAUAUAGCUGAAAAAUAUAUCUUGAGAUGGAUAUUGUUCUA